CAGUAACUUGGCCUGAUGGCGUUUUUAAAAAAAAAUUUCUAUUGUUGUUGUACUUAUCUCAAUCGUACACAAGAUGGCGUUGUCGGUAAUAAAUAAACGGUGCAGCGCAGUUUUGUCUCCGCGGAAACAGUACCCACAGUCCAAUAGUUCCGGUUGGGUGUCUCGCUGAAACGCUGCAAAGCGAAGCUCCCAAUAUCAGCCAUCGAUUUGUGAUUGACCGCGGUCUGGACACGGAGCUGUGGGUCACUAGUGAGGACCGGGACCUAAUUACCACACUUCAGACCAAUAACGUGAUGAGAAGUGCGUGUAUUUUACCCCUUUAGCGUUUGACAGCUCACUCGUGUUGUUGUGGUGGUGGUGAUGGAGGAGGUGGAGGCUGCUUCUUGCCCGUUGCGUAUCUCCGCCACUGUCCGGGCUCUGGGCGCUGCAUUGCGGGGAAAUCAGGAGAAUGGACAAGCCAAGAGCCGAUCUAACGACGGGGAGAGGUUGUUUCCCGAGCCAGAAAAGCUAUGGUUCAAGGAGAGCAGCGCGAAAAACCUCCGCAAUCGGGACUUUCUGUCACCCAGCACCAUGCUCAACACGCUGUUCAUGGACGGACAGGUCCCACCAUGUGUCCUGUCUCGUGUGCUCUCCCUCCACGGUUCAGGGGUGCUCCCUGUCUCUGAGGGGGGUGUCGUUGGAGAGGGGCUGAGGGUCAGAGUGGACCGGCCCGCCGCAUUCCGGUCUGUCUUGGGGGAACAUGGAGGACUGGAGGGGUAUCUCAAAGCAUCUACCCAAAAGGAAGCCAGCGUGGUGAUCAACUGCCCCGCCCUGCACACCAAAACAAACGCACCCACCGCCAAGACGCUUACUCUGGGACAGCUACGCACAAUCCUGCUGGCUGACCACAUGGGGGCGCUGCUCAGAAGACAAGGUUUUUCAGUAUCGUUUUGCCCCAAACUUGUUGAAGACAGUGACAUCAUCUGCUUUCUUGAAACGUUGGGAGUUGAUUGGUCGACGCUCCCUGCCAGCUGGACCAAUGAAAAUGGAGAGCAGAGGAUGAGGGAAGAGCUGGAAAAGUGUCCGUAUCAAGAACAUGAUUCGGAGAAAGGCAGAAGGGUGAGCGGGGGGAGGAGAGAGAGUGACGAGAGCGAUGGAGCGAUCAGAAUAAACCUCACCAGAGUGGUCCAGGAGCAAGGGCUGAUGGGAUAUGACCCCAGCAUAGGCACAUGUACAGUUCAACAGGAGAAUCUUGCCCAUCUGACUCAGCUGAAACUUGCUGCAUCUGACUGCACUGUUUCCCCAGCGACAGUGAUCCACGUCACUUCCUGUCAGGACGAGUUCAGGCAGCAGCAGAUUGCCAUGUUGUGGAGGGCCAGUGGAGCAACACACAAACAGAGAUUCCUGGUGUGUGGUCCAGUGAAGACUCCAGGAUGUCAGCUCACAGCUGCUCAGUAUUUGCAAUUAAGAAGAGACCAGAUGAAGGAGGCCUCUGAGAUGAAGUAUGGAGACCAAGUAGAAGGUCAAAGUUGGGAUGACAUCAUCAGGGUCAUGACCUCUGCCACAGUCAGAUUCGAGCUUCUGUCAACUGUCCACACCAGCCCAGUGACUCUGGACGUACACAGAGAGGGCUCCGUCUCCACCAAAGGCCCCAGAGGAGGAGUGUUUGUCAUGUACAACUGUGCCAGGCUCCACACUCUCUUCGACAGCUACAAGCGAGGAGUCGAGAAGGGUUUAUAUCCAGAAAUCCCAGAGGGCUCCCAGCUGGACUUUUCAGCUCUAAAAGAAGAGGGAGAGUGGCUGCUCCUGUUCAAUUACCUCAUUCCUUUCUCUGAGCUGCUCGACCAAUCAGGACAAGCUGUGGACUGUGAAGGGGGCGGGGCUAGGCUCAACAUCAAAACAGAACAGAUGUGUAAAUUCCUUGUUUCACUGAGUAAAGAUUUCAGUUCUUACUACAACAGAGUCCAUGUACUUGGGGAGCCCUUGCCUCACCUGUUUAACCAAAUGUUCUGUCGUCUGUAUUUACUGAGUGCUUUGAGAGAGUUGUACCACAGUGCUUUGGAGACACUCAACCUGCCUCCAGUCAGACAACUAUAGCAUCCAAACUACAAAUGAAACAAGAGAUGAUCAACAUAAGAAAGACAUUAGACAAAAGGGAGAAGGCUUUAACACCUGAAGAACAAAUUAGAUAUUAUUACUACACUUAAAGGUACACUAUGUAAGUUUUUGGUGUAGAUUCUGCAAGCAGGAGACUUGUCUUCAUGGAGAUGUUUUAGCUUCGCCUGGAAUGUUCCACAGUACAUAAAGUGGCUGUGCCUGAUUUUUGUCCCUGUAGUUGAGCAAAAUUAGUUUAGCCUUCGCACAGAUAUAUUGCAAGAUGAGAGAUCAAAAUUAGACUGAUGAGUGCUGUCUACAUCUAAUUAUUAAGCGUUCAAUGGUUCAAUAAUCAGGAUGUGUGCUGUUGGCAUGCUAGUUGUUGUUGGCAUUACCGAGAUGACAAAACUUUGCUCUGGUCUCUGAGAGAUGUGAAAAGCAUUUAUAAACUCACUGCUGUGAAUCAUUAGGAUUAGGGAAUAUAUAAUGUAAGUAAGGAUUAAUUUUGGACCAUUGCCAACUGUAAUUCAGAUUUUCACAUUUUGAAAACUGCAAAAAUCAGGUAGAGUGCCUUAAACAUAUGUUGCAUGUAGCCAACUGUAGGUGUUUUUAUGGCUCAAACACCUUAAAAAACUUGCAUUUCUACUGUGAGUGGGGUUGUUUCUCCUCAGAUCUGACCUGUAAAUUUGGAGAUAGAUCAGUUUAAUGCAAUACUGUGGUACAUCCCAGGAAAAGCAAAAACCAUAGAGACAAGCAGGUGGCAGAAAAGUUUACAUAGUGCACCUUUAAAUUGUUAUGCUCAAGUUUUCAUUAUGUAAACUAUUUGGUGCACACGCUGUAUUUCCACAAUCUUUUUUCUUUUUUUUAGCUAGAUGUAAAUGAAUAUGAAUCACGACCACGUUGUUAAAGGAGGUGGCAGAGUUUAAACGUGUUUCUAGCUCACACAAACCAUUCACUAAACCCGAUAGUUCCUCUGCAAAAAUUCAUGCAUUAUAGGCCGUAGGUCAGUUUUAGUUCAUCUAGUUCAGAAUGACGCACUUUGCCCUACGCUGUUAACUGUAAUAGCAGGACUGAAUCAUAUGACCUGUGCAACUGGCAUGUUACUGUAUGAGAACCAUAAAGGGAUGAUAAGCAUGGCGCUCAAUUCCGGCUUUUAGACAUUUUAUUGAAUAAUAGACAAGAAAGUAACAGCUAGACAGUUGUUUCUCUUUCAUGGUGCAACAUUAGUGUGAGAGAAGGAGCCAAAUGUUUGCAUCUUAUAAGUCAAACACACAAAUGGUAUUUAGUCUUGGUUCAAAAAUUGACUGACUUUGACUGCUUUAACUGUACAGAGCCUUUAAAGGUGGACUAUGUAACUUUUUUGGUAGCUUUAACUUGCUUUUGUAUAUGGAGAUGUUAUUGUUUUGCCUGGAAUAUUCCACAAUAAGGCAUUGGACUUUUCUAUGGUACCUUGCUUCAUCCAAUUACAGGUGCCAAAAUACCUUGAAAAAACAUAACUUCUUGCUGCGAUCGGGAUCCCUUCUCCACAGAUCUGACCUGUAACUUGUAGCAUCAGCAUCACAAGUCUGUUUCCAUGGAGAUAGAAAGGUUUAACACAAUUAUAUUAUAUAACCACAAUUAUAUCUCCAUACAAACAAGCAGGUGGUGGACCAUUUUUAAACUAUUAUAAUUUUAAUUGAACGUCUUUCAAGCCGACUGCACCGAGACUUGUUUUAUUUUCAUGUUUUAAAUUCUCCCCUCCUCCUCUUUCACCCACUAUGUUCUUAAAAUGUUCCAUCUUACUACUUCACCAGUCAAACACACUCAGACCACGUUACAAUAGAAAUAGCUAUGUUAAGUUGAAUGGGUCCUAAUUCUGCAUGCCUGGGCAUAUUGUAAUAUAAAUAGAAGUGUUUUAUGCCAAAUGUGCUAUUUAUUCAUACAAUACAAUGCAGUUACAAAAUUGCCCUGGACUGUGUGCAAAAAUGGGCAUACAUUUUUUUGAAUAGACAAUAUUUAAGUUAACUUUGUCGUUGACUUUCUAGCAACCAAUAACUAUAAUUUAAUUGCGUGGCUCUAAAAUAAUCUUAUCAGUUUUGUACUAUUAAAGAAGCUGUAUUUGUUAUCCCAAUCUCUCCUUUAAAUCAGUCAAAUCUAGCACCAAAUCACUUCUUUGUUAACUAUUCAUUGAACUAAACUGUUGAGAAACAAACAUUGCUACCCAAAUUUUGUUUUGUUUUGUGGAGCCACUUUGUCUUCAAGAAGAUUUUUUUUUAAAUUCAUAGCUACUGUUACUUUGAGUGCAUUCUUUUAAUUCUGUCUAAAUAUUGAAAUUUUGUUUCAGACUUGUUUGUAUAUGUGUUGUGGUGUUCUAUGCCCACUUUUCAUACAGUCCUAUGCUUCAAACGUGCCAUAUUUUUGUCUUUAAUUGUUUACAGCUGUCCUAAUGUGAAAUUAAUUGUCCGGUCCAGUGCAUGAACUGUCUCUGUGCUGCUUCUGUCUGAAAAAAACAAACAAAAAAAACAAAAAAAAAACAAUAGUUUACCGUGUUCUGGGGCCACUCAGUAUUAAAAAUGUGUACAACAGC